AUGAUCAGAGCUCUAAGAGAGGUACUUGGCGAGAUCAACACGAAGUUGAUGGCAGUGAAUGAUGAGCUGAACAUUAAGAUGGCCGAGAGUGUGAACACAUUACGACCAGCUCAACAAGCCCAGUAUUGUGGCCCAUACAAACUCGAAAAAACCCUUGGCAAGGGGCAAACCGGGCUGGUAAAGACGGGAACGCACUGCAUUACGGGAAGGAAAGUCGCAAUCAAGAUUGUUAACAAAGAAAAAUUGAGCGACUCCGUUCUACAGAAGGUUGAACGAGAAAUCGCAAUUAUGAAGCUCAUAGAACAUCCACAUGUAUUGCACCUUUAUGAUGUGUACGAAAAUAAAAAAUAUUUUCAUCGAGAUCUGAAGCCCGAGAACUUGUUGUUGGACGAGAGGAAUAAUAUCAAAGUUGCCGACUUUGGUAUGGCUUCCCUUCAAGUUGAGGGAUCGAUGCUUGAAACUAGCUGCGGUUCACCACAUUAUGCAUGCCCGGAAGUGAUAAGGGGUGCCCUCCCAUUCGACGAUGACAAUCUUCGAAAUUUACUAGAAAAAGUCAAAAAAGGUGUAUUUCACAUACCACAUUUUGUACCGGCAGAUGUGCAGAGUCUAUUGCGAGCAAUGAUAGAAGUAGAUCCAUUCAAAAGAUAUUCGUUAGCGGACGUCUUUCGACAUCCAUGGGUAGCUGGUACAACAAGAAGCGAGCCUGAACUUGAAUUACCGAUGUCGCAGGUUGUUCAGACACAUAUUAUUCCGAGUGAAGAAAGUAUCGACCCAGACGUUUUCCGACAUAUGAAUAACCUGGGAUGUUUCAAGGACAAGCAAAAACUCAUAGAUGAAUUACUUUCAGCUAGGCACAACACUGAAAAAAUGGUAUAUUUUCUGCUGCUGGACCGGAAGCGACGGCGUCCAGCGCAAGAGGACGAGACAGAAAUCAUUCUUCGAGGAUCAGCUCAGCACAAUGAUCCACCUAAGAAACGUACCGACUCUGCUCGAGCCAUUAGAUAUGCCGUAGGCAGUAUAGCCGACGGCAGCCCUAUCAAUCCUAGGAAAGCAUACGGCCGACAUCGUUCUGCUCGGCACUACAGCCGUGGAGGGUCUCCCACCGAAUCUCCUCGUUCAUCAUCUCGGGAUCUUUAUGCGUGCUGCAGCAGUGACGUCCAUUCACUUAGAACGCAAGAAGAUAGAGGACGAUCUUCCUCUCGGAAUGCCAACAACUAUCACUACUACACUCAACCGGUUGAUCCACAAACGCUAGCUGAGGCAGCAAAACAAGUGCGAGCUGUUCGCCAAGAAAAGGAACGAGUAGAAAAUCGUGAGGUCCUACAAGUUCAAGAGGACAGAAAUCAGGGCCGUAACGUAGAUACAGCACGUAGGCAGGAGACGAAACGCACAAACAUCGAAUUUGAGGCUACUAAGAACACUUCACCUCCGAAAACAUCAACUUCAAUUAUUAGUACAGGACUUGGAUCUACUACAUCAUCCUCCACCAGCUUGGUGACAGGAAGCAGCCAGACUAGUCUUAACGCGUCAGUUGGUCCAUGGAAGUCGAAGCUGACCAAUAUCAAAAACUCAUUCCUUGGAACACCACGAUUCCAUCGUCGAAAAAUGUCUAAUGGUACUUCAGAGGACAGCGAUGAUGGUCAGAUGCUCGAUACCACCGAGUAA